CCGAGAAUACCUGGGCGCUGGCAACGAUGGGAUCAAGACAGGAGCUCAUCGGAUGGGUCAAUGACCUCCUUCUCCUCAGCUACAACAAGGUCGAGCAGUGCGGCACUGGCGCGGCGUAUGCCCAGAUCUGCGACAGCAUCUACGGUAACGUGCCCAUGACGAAACUCAACUUUGCGGCAAAGCAUGACUACGAGUACAUCAACAACUUCAAGGUGCUCCAGGAGGUCUUUAAGAAGAACAAGAUUGACAAGCCAAUCCCCGUCGAAAGAUUGAUCAAGUGCAAGAUGCAAGACAACCUUGAGUUCCUACAAUGGAUCAAGAAGUUUUGGGAUCAAAACUACCCUGGCACCGAGUACGACGCCGAGGGACGACGUGCUGGUCUUGGCGUCGCCCCACCCCCUCUCCACGGGUCCACCGCCCGGCCCGUGGCUGGUGGCGCUGCAGGCGGGCCGGGAGCGAGAGCACCUGCACCCCGAGCACCCGCAGCAGCCGCCAGACCUGCAGUGGGAGCAGCAGCGACAAACAGGACAGCAGCGCCACGCGUCGCACCCACGGGCGCGAGGCUCGGCGCGGGCGCUGUGGCACAGGCCGUGCCCGACGAGACAAUCCAGGCCCUUACGAACCAGAUGGACGAGAUGAAGCUGAGCGUAGACAGCCUCGAGAAGGAACGAGACUUCUACUUCUCCAAGCUCCGCGACAUUGAGGUCCUCAUUGUCGAUCGCCUCGAUCUUGUCUCAGCCGAGGCGCCUGGCGGGCCAGAAGAAGAGGUCCUCAAGCAGAUCCAGGCGGUCCUGUACAAGACCGAAGAGGGCUUCGAGGUCCCCGAAGGACAGGAGCCCGUCGUAGACGAGGAAGAGGUCUUUUGAUCAUUGUCUCUUCACUCUCUACAGGAGAAGGGGCAAAUGAGAGAGAGAGAAGGGAGAUAGAUGGAAAGAGACAGUGUGGGAAAUCUAUAUUUGAAGCCUCAACGGCUUUUUGGAUCGCACUGUCAGCUACCGCUUGAUCUCGUCCUGUUCGACUUGCUCUCCGGCUGCAUUGUCGCCCAGGCUUCCACCCCGGCUCAUGCUGUUCCACUGCUGACGCUGAUCCUCCCUUUUCCUCUGGCGGGAGCGUUGUCGAAGCAGUGCUGCUCUCGACAGAGGCAACGCUUCUCCUUCGUUGUCGUCCGUGCCUUCUUCGUGUGCUAAGUUUCCUUGAUCGUUCUUUGAGCUGCUCCACGUUGUCGCUCCUCCCGA